GGAAGCAGACGAUAUAGGUUUGUUUCAAAUGGCUUUAACGCUUCUAUGGGAACAGAUUCAUUUCAACUCUCACUACACAGUGGACGCAUUGCCUACAAAGUUUCCUGUUUCUUUGUCUCCGAUUUAAAACAAGAAGAUGAAUACCACAACGCAAACAGCAGUGUUAUUCAUUACUUCAUUGUCAAAGUGCGUUUCUACGUCACUUCCGGGGAAUGACACUGACAACAACACAUUUCCGACCAACUCCACGACAGACUGUGGAAGCACCGUCGGGGUUGCGGGUCGUUCCUUUGAGGAUUUCGAGGAGUUUAAAGUAGCACUUAUUAUCAAUAAGUACUACCUGUACAUUAUAUGUGGUAUAGGUAUCCCCGGGAACAUUGCCGCUCUUGUUACAGUCUGGAAAAUGAAACCAUUAUCUUCCUCUUCAAUUUUUAUGAUAGCAUUGGCAAGCAUGGACACAUUGACUCUAGUUAUCAAAGAAUUAUAUUAUCAGUUGACCUAUUUCGACAUUCAAAUGUUUGAUUUGGGAUGUCAGUUUUUUGUCUUUAUAGGUCAGUUUGCAGGACACUAUGCAAAUUGGAUUCUCGUUGCAAUGACAACAGAACGCUUCAUUGCCAUUAGGUUUCCCAUGAAAGUACAAAAAAUCUGCACCAAGACAAAGGUCAUAACUGCGCUGCUGGUCAUAGCGGUGGCAAUGAUAGUGCUCAACGUCCACCAUUUUGCCACGGUUGACGAGGGAUACGACUCUUUUUCAAAAUAUCAAUGUUCAAUAAAGAAAGACCACGAAUUCUUCAUGACGAAAAUCUGGUAUUGGAUGGAUGGGGUGGCGUUCUCUGUGGCCCCAUUCUGUGCUUUGAUCAUCUUGAAUUUCUUCAUCAUUAAUGGCAUACGGGACUCUGUGAAGAAACAGCGAGACUUGACGAAUCUCCAGCAGAAGCAAACCAAACAGCACAAUCAGAUCACAGUUAUGCUGGUCACCGUCUCUUUAGUGUUCACACUUCUGACCCUGCCCAACUCUGUCUUCUUCAUCUCCAGAGGAUACUGGGAUUAUCAGCAGAGUAACUAUCAGAUAGCUCUUCAUAUGUUGAUCUAUCAGCUUGUGUUUGUCCUCACCGACCUGAACCAUGCCGUCAAUUUCUACUUAUAUUUUCUCAGUGGCAAGAAAUUCCGCAAACACUUUAUCAGUAUGGUGCGUUGUGCGUCUAAUACAACCACAACAACGAGGACCACACUAACUAGAUCGUCCCGAUAUCAGAUGUCUGUCACGUCAACGCCAAGUAACCAUACACUGGUCGAACACGAUUCGGCCUGCAGUCGCAGCAUCAGUAACACGGUCACAUAGUUAACCAUUGAAACCAUCUACUCAGGGAUUGAAAAAUAUGACAAUUCAUUAUCACGAUUUAUCAUGCGGAAGCUGUGUACACGUACAAAGAAAACUAGUCUUGCUAUUGUUGAUCGGGCGACAACGUGUAUUAAUGGGUUAACCGUAUAAUUGAAUUUUUGUGGGAUAAUUAAGUAAUCAGGGAAAACUUCUCAACGGAUUUUAUUUGAUGUUCAGAGAUUUAUUUUUUCUAACCCUUUUGUAAUUACUGCAAUACGUUUGGAGAACAAAUGAGAACUCGGCACAAUUUUUCCCUUCUGUGUAUUGACGACUUGAAUUAUGACCAAUCAUGCAGUCUUUGGGGAUGCAAGAAAGAUAUUACGUUCAUCUGGAAAAUGACAACACAUUUUCGUAUUUGAAGAGUGACUUAUCCUUGUCGUAAGAGUGUUCAGUCUUCUUUGGACAUAUUAAAUACGAUAAUUUCUAUUUAUUUUCCAUAAAGAUGACAUCGGGAUCAAAUAAAACGUUGACAAGUUCUGUCUAGAUCUGCUGCCGCACAAAGUCCCAGGGUACAAAUACACGCACGUAAAGUGCAUCUUACAAUAUCAUGCAUUUCAUCCCGUGAUUGACAGCAUUUAAUAUGACUUUUAAUGGCAGAACGGUAUAGAUAGAUAUAUAAUAUUUUAAAAAAGAUGAAUUUAUUCCCAGGUUUUUGAUGAUAAUGAAAACCUUGAUUGUCUACUUUAUUCCUAAUGGCAGAUGUGUCGUUUGUUUGUUUGUUAUAUACAUGUAGUAUCUAGUU